AUGAAACUAAAUAUUGAUGGUGCUUGGAAAUCAGGAAAUGUGGCAGGAGGAGGAGGUGUAUUCAGAAGGCACACUGGCUCCUGGUUUGUUGGGUUCUCUACUAAAUUUAGGGUUCAUUCUCCUUUGGCUUCUGAACUCUAUGCUUUGAGAGAGGGCCUAAAAAUUGCAAAGAACUUCUUAAUUGAUAAGUUAGAAGUUGAAACAGAUGCUUUGAAUCUUAAGCUCCUUCUUGAUAAAGUGAAAGAUCAUACUCAUCAUGAAUUGGGUCCGGUUCUUCGAGAGGUUACUCAGCUUUUGGGAGAAAACUAG